UACCCCCGCGUCCCGGGAGGCGCCCGGCGCGCAGGCCCAGCCUAUGGUGUGGUGGCCCGCUUCUCCCAGUGCCUGGCUGAAUUUCGGGCGUGGUUAAGAACCAACUGGCUGCGGUUCAACCCCGACAAGCCGGAAGUGAUGCUGCCUUCUGUUGAGUCUUCAAGCCCAGGAGGUUCAGCAACAUCGGAUGACCAUGAAUUUGAUCCAUCAGCUGACAUGCUGGUUCAUGAUUUUGAUGAUGAACGGACAUUAGAAGAGGAAGAAAUGAUGGAAGGAGAAACAAACUUCAGUUCUGAAAUAGAGGAUCUUGCAAGGGAAGGCGAUAUGCCGAUUCACGAGCUCCUCAGCCUUUACGGCUACGAUAGCGCUGUUCAGCUGCCUGAGGAAGAGGAGGAGGAGGAGGAAGAGGAGGGGGACGAUGAUGAAGAUGUCGACAACGAUGACAACAGUGGGUGCAGUGGAGAAAACAAAGAUAACAUAAAGGAUUCAUCAGGCCAGGAAGAUGAGACUCAGUCGUCCAAUGAUGACCCAGCACAGUCUGCGGCUUCUCAGGAUGCCCAGGAAAUAAUCCGCCCACGUCGAUGUAAAUAUUUUGAUACAAACAGUGAAAUAGAAGAAGAGUCUGAGGAAGACGAGGACUACGUUCCGUCCGAAGACUGGAAAAAGGAAAUUAUGGUGGGUUCCGUAUUUCAAGCUGAAAUUCCAGUUGGCAUUUGCAAAUACAAGGAGAAUGAAAAAGUAUAUGAAAAUGAUGACCAGCUUCUGUGGAAUCCUGACUACUUGUUGGAAGAUAAAGUGAUUGAAUUUCUUAAUGAAGCAUCCAGACGAACAGGAGAUGAGAAAGGGGUAGAAGCAAUUCCUGAAGGUUGUCACAUAAAAGACAAUGAGCAGGCCCUCUAUGAAUUGGUGAAAUGCAAUUUUGAUACAGAAGAAGCCCUCAGGAGAUUAAGGUUUAAUGUGAAGGCAGCUAGAGAAGAACUGUCUGUUUGGACAGAGGAAGAAUGCAGGAAUUUUGAACAAGGCCUGAAAGCGUAUGGGAAGGAUUUUCAUUUAAUUCAGGCUAACAAGGUCCGAACGAGGUCCGUUGGGGAGUGCGUCGCGUUUUAUUACAUGUGGAAGAAAUCUGAACGUUAUGAUUUCUUUGCUCAGCAGACACGGUUUGGAAAAAAGAAAUACAAUCUUCAUCCUGGUGUGACGGAUUACAUGGACCGGCUCUUAGAUGAAAGUGAAAGUGCUGCCUCCAGCCGUGCCCCAUCCCCUCCCCCAACAGCCUCCAACAGCAGCACCAGCCAAUCAGAGAAAGAAGAUGGCGCAAGUAACAGUAAUCAGAAUGGCAUCGCCUCAAAUGGCCCCGGGGAAGUCUCUGGCAAGGAUGAUGUCAGAGUUGAAGGAUUGCACAUGAACGGGCCCACUGGUGGGAACAAGAAGCCCAUCCACGCAGACGCGGAUACGAAUGGCUAUGACGCCGACGGCCUGCCUGGUGACCUCAAGCUCGCUCACGGAGCCGCCAAGAAUGAAAAUUAUCUUGAUGAUAAAAACGAGAGGCCUGCCAAGAGGCGAAGGGUUAGCAGCAAUGGCCGAGAGAGCCCAGGCUCUUCAGAGUUUUUCCAGGAAGCAAUCCCACACGGGAAGUUUGAAGAACUGGAAAACUUAGAUGACUAGAUACGAGGGCUGUUUUUUAUUCUUUGGAGUAAUUUCUGGUGCGACUACAAUUUUCAGGGUUAAUGGGUUACCUUAAGUUGAUUUCCUUGAAGCACUCAGUUGAAAUCUGACAUUUUAAAUUGGAUUUUAAUUUUAGGUGACAGUUUGUAUACUUCUGCCUUUAGCAGAAUUUUUUACUUCAGCUAUUUUAAAGACCCUUUUAAAUAUUGAGAACUCCUAUAGUCAACGAAGGCUGUACAUUCAUCUUUAACAACAGAGAAUCCUAUUACAGAAUUUUAGAGGCAUAUUUUAAUACCAAAUCCUGUUAUUCUGAGUUUGAGGUUUGGUAGGGGGAGG